AUGGCUACUAGGAAGUCCACAAAACUACGUAUACCGCAUUCUCAAGAUGAUUGCGAGCUGGUUGGGAUUUUGGAACAACUGGCACCUGAAGAAUCCAUGCAGGGCAGAAAGAUUGCCCUGAUUCUUCACGGGUCUAUGGGUCAUAAAGACUACUUAUUCCUAAAGCGUCUUGCACUACGUUUCCCGAUGGACUCAUUCAGAUUUGAUUUUCGCGGCAAUCAUGAAAGUGGGGGCCAACGGAUACAAAGUGGGAUUGCUAGAGAUGUUGAGGACCUCGUGACAGUCGUUUCUUACCUCCGCAAUACGUACGGAUACGAGAUUGAUGCGGUGGUGGGCCAUUCUCGUGGUUCUGUGGUCGGGAUGCAUUGGCUAUGCACGUCAAAAGAAGGCCAACGUGUUCGUGCUAUGGUCAAUGCGUCGGGUCGUUACCGAAUGGAUGGGGUUUACGACCUCUACAAAGAGCAGUGGGACUUCAAAGGUCCCUACGAGCGGACCGUGACAGUCGCUCGACAAACAGUUGUGGAAAGAGUCUAUCCAGAAGAUCUAGAGGAGUUCUCUAAGUGGAAUACCGCAAUCGUUUGGGACAAAUUCCCUGCUCAAAUUCAUGUUCUGACAAUGCAUGGUCUCCUCGAUAAGGCAGUUCCUUCAUAUGAUGCGGUUAUUUACUCUCGAGCACUUGGUGCCAGAACGCCUGGCACCCACAACCUCCAUUUAGUAGAGAAGGCCGAUCACAAUUUUACAAAGCGCCAAGACGAAGUUGUAGACUGCAUUCUGGAGUGGUGGGAUGCUCUUAACCAAGGACGCUUGAAAACAGGCAUAUUUAUGACAGGCGUACGUGGCAAACUGUGA